GAUUUAAAUAUAUAGUUACAAUUGCAUACGCUGGUGUUGGGGUCAUGUAUACAGUUGAUUUUGACUACGAAUUCAACAGCGACUACAAAUUCAUUGACUUCUAUGCACCCGAUCGGUUCUUAGUGCCCGCUGUGCCGCAGUACUACGGCUACGGGCAUUUGACAAUGCCACAGACGAACAGCAGCAGCGACACUCGCCGUCAGCAGAGGAAGAGAUCACGGUCGCCGUAUGAGGCCUAUUGGCAGGAGAUUAGCAGACCGAAUAUGAUGACUAUGGAUAUAACCAAAACAGAACCCGGACUAGUCGGGCUAUCAUCCAAUCAGCAGCAGCAGUCGGCACAGCAGCAGCAGCAAACCGCAAACAUGAACAACAACGGCCAGAACAGCAACAACAAUGGCAGCGGCAACAACAACAACGGCCUGAGCAAUGGCAACGCGGUGAACAACGGCAAUAACAACAAUAAUAACAACAACAGCAAUAGCAAUGUGCAGAGCAUUGCGGCCGCCGCUAACAACAACAACAACAACAACAAUGGCAGCCAAUUGUGCGCCGGCUGUGGCAAGCACAUCCAGGACCGUUACCUGCUGCGCGCCCUGGACAUGCUGUGGCACGAGGACUGCCUCAAGUGCGGCUGCUGCGAUUGCCGUCUCGGCGAGGUCGGCUCCACGCUCUACACCAAGGGCAAUCUGAUGCUCUGCAAGCGCGACUACUUGAGAUUGUUCGGGAAUACGGGCUACUGCGCCGCCUGCAGCAAAGUCAUUCCAGCCUUCGAGAUGGUGAUGCGUGCACGCACCAAUGUCUAUCAUCUGGAAUGCUUUGCGUGCCAGCAAUGCAAUCAUAGAUUCUGUGUUGGGGAUCGCUUCUACCUAUGCGAGAAUAAAAUACUCUGCGAAUACGACUAUGAGGAGCGUCUGGUGUUCGCCUCGAUGGCCAAUCAUCCGAUGCUGAAGCGUCAUGUCUCGUCCCUGGGUCAGGGCUCGCCGACUGGAGCAGCGGGCGGCGCUGGUAAUGCGGGCGGACUGCUGGGCGGCGGACCGGGCGGUGUGACGGGCGGCGCCAAUGUCAAUGGCGGCGGUGUCGGUGGCGGCAUGGUCAAUGGACCGCGCACACCAGGUGAUCACAACAACAACAAUGGACCCCAAACGCCAACUGGCGGCGGCGUCGGCGUCGGCUCGCCGUUUGCGGCCGCUGCCGCUGCAGCUGCCGCCGCGCACAUGAAGAACCAGCUGGGGGCGUCCAGCUAAAAUAAAGCCCUGGGCAUGAGCGGCAGCGGCAGCGGCAGCAGCGGCAUCGGCGGCUCCGGUCAACAGUUUUAUGGAGCCGCCGGCUUUGGGCUGCAUCAGCAGCAACAGCAGCAACAGCAGCAACAGCAGCAGCAGCAGCUCAUGGGCAUGGGCAUGGGCAUGGGCGU